GCCCGCGGCGCCCGCGCGUAUGUACACUGAGCAAUGGACAUAGGCAUCUUCACUGAGAAUGAGACUUUGCAAAGAGACAAGGUUUGGAUAAGAAGUCUACAAAAAAUCCAGAACCCAUGGCUUUCUUUGCAGUCUUUCGAACAGCAUUCCUGUUAGCAGUGCUGUCUUGGAGAACUUGCCAGAGUGAAGUCUUGCCUGAGCGUUUACCAUUGACUCCUGAAUCACUUCACAUUUCCAUCAAUUCUACACUUCAGCAUUUGCAUUUACAAUGGACUGUCCACAAGCUUCCUUACCAGGAAUUACAAAUGAUAUUUCAAAUAGAGAUCAGUAGAUUUGAAACAUCCAAAGUCAUCUGGAUGGGUAAUUACAGCACCACUGUGAAGAGGAACCAAGUUUUGCAAUGGUCCUGGGAAUCCGAGCUCCCUUUGGAAUGUGCAACACACUUUGUAAGAAUGAAGAGUACAGUGGAUGAUGCCAGGUUCCCUGAGCUGAGUUUCUCAAGCAACUGGAGCCCAUGGGAGGAAGUUCAUGCCCACACUCCUGAACAGAAUACUGACUUGAUAUUCCCUAGAGAUAAGCUGGUGGAAGAAGGCUCCAAUGUCACGUUUUGUUACAAUUCUGGAAUAAAUCAAAACAUAUCCUGCUAUUUGGAUCGUGAACUGAUUCAUGGAGAACAACUUUAUUUGAAUAUAUUCACAUUCAAGUUGAAUAAUGUUCCUUUCAUUAGGGAAGGAGGGACAAAUAUCUACUGUGCAGUGAAUUAUACAAUUAAGGAUGGCACUGUUCUCUUUGUGUCAAAAGUGCUUGAGGAGCCCAAGGACUUUUCUUGUGAAACUCAGGACUUCAAGACUCUAAGCUGCUCCUGGGAUCCUGGGGUGGACACUGGCUUGUUUUUUGAUGGACAGCCUUCGCAACACUACACUUUAUUUGAAUCAUUUUCUGGGAAAAAGAAAUUUUGUGAACACAACAACCAGUGCAAUUGGGAAAUCUCUCGAGAUUUGCAAGAAACAUACAACUUCACACUCACAGCUGAAAAUUACUUGAGGAAGAGGAGUGUCAAUACAAUUUUUAACCUGACGCAUCGAGUUCACCCAAAGGCUCCCGACAGUAUCCAUUUUAAUAAUGUAGGUGCCACAAAUGCCACAAUGACUUGGAAGAUGCCUGCCCUUGGGAAUUAUUCCACACUUCUGUGUCAGAUUGAACUCCAUGAUAAAGAAAAUAUGAGACAGGAACAUAAUGUCUCCAUCAAGGUGAAUGGUGAGUUUCUCUUCAGUGAGCUGAUGCCUGACACAGCGUAUAUGGUCUGCAUACGCUGUGCCAAUGCCAAACACGUGUGGAAGUGGAGCAAGUGGGUCACUCGGACCCUCAUCACAGCUGAAGCUGCUCCCUCCAAGGCUCUUGAUGUCUGGAGAAAAGUGAAGCCAGAGAAAGGACUUCAUCAUGUGACCUUAUUUUGGAAGCCACUAUCAAAAUUUCAUGCCAAUGGCAAGAUCCUAUUCUAUAAUAUAGUCGCAAAAGAUCUAGAUAAAAAAUCUGAGUUAAAGCUCCAGUCUAUUCCUGCACCGGCCAAUGGCACAGAACUAACUCUCGACCAGGGUUCUUACCAAAUCCAAGUCACAGCUAACAACAGUGUGGGUGCUUCCCCUGCCUCAGAGAUUGUCAUAUCUGGAGACUCUGGGAAUGAAGAGGUUGAAGAACAAAAAAUUAAUGGCACCAAAGAUGGAUUCCUUAUUUCUUGGAAACCCCUAUCUGAAGACAGGGCAGGAUAUGUUGUGGACUGGUGUGAGCAUCAAAGGAACCUGCACUGUGAAUUACAGUGGAAGAAUGUAGGUCCCAAUACCACAAGUACAGUCAUCAGCUCAGAUGCUUUUAGACCGGGGAUCCGAUACAACUUCAGAAUUUAUGAACUAUCUACAGAAAAGAUUGCUUAUUUAGUAGAGAACAAAAUAGGAUAUACCCAGGAACUGGCUCCUUCUGACAGCCCUCAAGUGAAAGCCAUUAAUGUGACAUCCCACUCCUUCACUCUGAGCUGGAAGGAUUACGACACUGAGGCCCAGCGUGGUUUCAUACAAGGAUACCGGGUCUGUCUGAAGUCCAAGGCCACUCAGUGCCAUCUAGAUUCUGUAGCGGAGCUUCUGCCAGAUAAUUCAACAUGUUGUGAACAUGCCAUCAACAACCCAAAACAGAAGAUAUUCCUUGUGGAAAAUCUGCAACCUGAAUCUUUCUACGAGUUUUUCGUCUCUUCCUUCACAAGUGCUGGCAAGAGCCCCAUUGGAACUUUCACAAAGGUCACAACCCAAGAUGAACACUCCCACAUGCUGAUGCAUAUCAUACUGCCUAUGGUACUCUGUGUUUUGCUCAUUGCAGUCAUGUGCUACUGGAAGAGCCAGUGGGUGAAGGAGAAGUGUUAUCCUGACAUUCCAGAUCCUUACAAGAGCAGCAUCCUGUCAUUAAUAAAGUCCAAGGAGAGCCCUCACUUAAGAAUAAUGAAUGUCAAAGACUGCACUCCAGACACUAUUGAAGUUGUAAACAAAUCAGAAGGAACCAAAACACAGUUCAUAGGCAUUGAGAAGCCACUCACAGAAAGUGAAUUCCCCAAGCCUGCCAACCUUUACCUCCUGCCAGCCCAGGAUUUCUGUGUCCCUGGCCCCUGCAUCUCUUUUGUGAACCACACCUAUAGUGAGUCAGCUUGUGACUCUGGUUCCUGUGCCCAUACCCCAGUACCUGAUACAGCCCCACCAUGUCACCUGGAGCUAUUGGCCUCACCUGACAAUUUACUAAACACUCUAGAAAAAACACACACAGAUUCCCUGGGGGAAAUACCAGCUGGAAAAAUUAGUUUGAAUUAUGUGUCCCAGUUGGCUUCCCCCAUGUCUGGAGACAAGGACAGUCUUCUAAUACAUUCACCAGUGCCAGUACUCUGUUCAGAGUAUAAAAUGCAAAUGGCAGUACCCUCAUGCCUUGACUCACCUGUCCUUAGUGAAAAUGGCAGCCUCUCUUCAAUGACUCUUUUAGGUCAAGAUAAACACUACCAUUAAUCAGCACAGACCCAGUUCACAUGCUACCCAGAUGCCAACGGGAGGAUCCAGGCACCAUCUCAUCUCUGUGUGUCCUGGCCCUUAUCCCAGCGAACUAUCACUAUGCAAGUCUGAUCUAGGUAAGGCCACUAGAGUUUGGCUAGAAUAAAGGCCAGAAGCUGUGGAACUUAACACUCCUUUGCAGGCUUACUUUAGAAAUGGCAGGAUCAUGGAAACAUGCUGACUUUGUUGCUGUUUGUGCUAGGUUAAUCUUUUAUCAUACUAGACCUGAACUUGACAUUGAGACCAGCAUUAACCACUCACUCCACAGACCCUGUCCACUCAGUACUGUACAGGGUGGGUAUAGUCCUAGAAGCUCAGUUUUUAGUGAGAAAAUAUUUCCAGUAAAAUUUACUCUCAGGUUUAAUAUCUUAAGGGAUUAGAUUAUUUUAAAACAAUUAGAUUAUAGGCUUUUACAAAGACCACAGAAGAUUUAUUACUAAAGCAUAAAUGUGAAUUUCUUGUGUCACCAAAAAAGAUGUUUGAGACUAAAAACUGAUUUUAGACUUGCCUUGACAUAAUAAGAAUUUGUAAUUCACUGACCAGUAAAAUCAGCUCUUUAGGGUACACAAAACUAACCUAAAAGGUAAGAUGUUUGAGUAAAUCAGUAAGAUCUUCCAAUUUUUUGUGUAGCUUACUACAGUGAAAAGGAUUAGCAGAGAACUCCUGACUUAGGGUCAAGGUAACAGCACACCUGUUCAAUAGACAUCAUUUUCUUCCUUCACUUUUUUCUUUUGUUUUGUGAGAUGGGGGUCUCACUACGUAGCUCAGGCUGGCCUUGAACUCAUUAUGUAGCCCAGGUUGGCCUCAAAUUCACAGCAAUCCUCCUGCCCCAGUCUUCUGAGUGCUGGGAUUACAGGUGUGUGCCACCACACCCAGCCUCUUCCUUCACUUUAGACUACCUCAGAAUAGGAAAAUUAAAAAAACAUCACUGAGUAACCAUUCACAUUUUAUGGUUCCUCUUUUUUUCUUUUAAAAAGAACUACAUAAAUGUAAUAUAAAUGACCUGUUUCGAUUUAGCUUUCCUUUGGAUACUGUAAUAGGUUGUUUGGGUCAAGAGAAUUCUUACUAUCUCCUACUAUGCUAAAAUAAAUAAAAUGAAACCUUAUUCUUGAGUAUAAUUUAAAUAUAACUAAGAAGUUCUCUGAGGUGGGAAAUUGUGUGUCAGGUCUGGAGCACCUUGUCUCCAGCUGGCCCUCCUCAUCUGUGCUGCAGUCUGUAUCUGAAUAUUCAACCAACCACAGACAGAAAGCAUUCAGAAAAAAUGCAUCUGUAUUGAAUAUGUACAGAAUAUUUUCUUUUUAUUAAUCAACAACACAGUAUAACAUUUAGACAGCAUUUACAAUGUAUCAGGUGUUAAGAUGACAAAGUAUCUUAAGAGAAUAGGCAUAAAUCAUGUAUAAGCAUUUUGUAUAAGGGACGUGAGCAUCCACAGGUGUCGGUACCUGCAGGAUGUUUUGACCAGCGCCCCAUGGACACUGAUGACUGUGUAUGCAAUGCAUCUGGCACGUACCUGGUAAUUCCUUUCUGUUCCUGUCUAACGUGUCAUGUCUAAACAAGCACAUAAGGGGGGGGGGUUCCUUUUGUAUUGUUGGCUGCUGUCAAGGUGGUGGAAAUGACCACCUAGGCCCUUGGCUGUGCUACCAAAUGUCAACACAAUAAAAGUAUCUACAUCUCAAGUGGCUUCAAAAUACACCUACACAAACCAGCGCUGUUCUGUUCAAGAUUUUCAACCUUUUCCUUACUUAUAACCCAAGGCCUUUGCUGAAAACUUGGUUAUGUCCUCACAUUUGUAAUUGUAUUUUUAUUUGAAACUUGUACACAGAAAUGUUAAUGACGUUGCUUUGUAAAUAUUUUCAUGUAGACUGUUUAAAUAACCCACAAACCUUGAAGUUGUUUCUGCUGUUCCAAUAAGCCUCAAUUAAAACAUUUCACCUUCACAUUA